AUGGGUGCUGCCGCCGCUUCUGCUCCUGCUCUGGGGGAAGUUGGAGGCGUCUUGCACGGCAUCGACGGUGUCGCACACGUUGGGUCCCAUUUCUUCCUGAGCCCCCUGGGGGACAGUCCCACGCUGCUGCUGGGGGACCACCUGGUACCCGGGGACAGGCUCUCCCGGAGCACCGCAGCGGAUUUAACGCACCUCAAAGGGAUCCUGAGGAGGAGACAGCUGUACUGCAGGACGGGCUUUCACCUGGAAAUGCUUCCGGAUGGCACAGUGCAGGGGACGAGGAAGGACCACAGUCGUUUUGGUAUUUUGGAAUUCAUAAGUCUUGCUGUUGGGUUGAUAAGCAUUAGAGGGGUGGAUAGCGGACUCUAUCUCGGCAUGAACAACAAAGGAGAGCUGUAUGGUUCUGAUAAGCUCUCGGCCGAAUGUGUCUUCAGGGAGCAGUUUGAGGAGAACUGGUACAACACAUACUCCUCCAACCUCUACAAGCACGGAGACAAAGGGACGCGUUAUUUUGUGGCAUUGAACAAAGAUGGGACACCAAGGGAUGGGACUAAAUCCAGGCGACACCAGAAAUUUACCCACUUCCUGCCCAGGCCUGUGGACCCUGACCGAGUACCGGAGCUGUACAGAGACAUCCUGGGCCACAGCUGA